AUGCCCUCUCCACAUGGCUCUGGCUCCGGCCCGCGCCGUAGUGCGACGCUUCCCAUCAACCUAGAGCCACGCCAGAGGGCUACUCCGCCAGCACCCCCGUCUGAAAUGACCCACUGCCUACGUGGACAAGCGAAUGAGAUGACAUCGAGUCCGCGUUCCGACCGUGGCACCGCCGAAACAGCCGGUGUACUUCCACAACCAAGCUAUCACUCUUUCGUAGAGAACUUGGACCAUAGGGGACGACAGUACCCCCAUGGGAAUAGUCGUGGUCACACAAUGGGUGCGCGUAUCGACGUGCACCUCCAAGCGCACAUUGUAGUUUUUGUUCCGCCAGGCCACAACCCUCAUCGCGGCAUGCCACCCAUCAGCCUCAACUUGGCUACCGACCCCCGAACCCUGGCUUCAGAACCCCAGACUGCACUGAGCAUCGGCGAGCGGACGCCGAUCGUCGAAUCACCUCGAUCGUAUCACGACGGUACCGAUGUGCGGUCCCCUGCCACCGAAUCAACGGCGAGCGACUUGAGCGAGCUAGGUUGGCCCUUUCGCCCUUCGUGA